GUAAUUGAGCUUCGUCGAAGACAGACAAAGCACAAACUUCCAGGAAUAGAUUCAUUGGAGGCUUGGCAAAGAGUUGGCUUCAGGAAACAGAGUGAAGGCUUGAACAAUAAGGAGCAGCACAAGGCAAAACAUGCACCAGCACAAUUUUACAUCGACAAUGUUCUGGCUCGAAUCAAGGAGAAGAAGAUAAUGGCCCUGAAGCCUUUUGUUAAUCAACUUGGGUAUGUCAAUGUUCCUCAAGAAAUCAACAGGCUGAGGUGCGGGGUGAAUUAUCACGCUCUUAAAUUUCUUCCUGAAAUAGAGCAGAUGGCUGAUUUAUUGGCAUCAGGGAUGAGAAACCGCACCGGAAGUUCCAAUCCUUAUAUGGCCCUGCAUCUUAGGUUUGAGAAGGGGAUGGUCAGGUUGAAGAGAUACUUGGAGAUGACGGGUGCUGAUGGAGGACCGGCCUUGGAGAAGCUUAUGAGCUUUGCUUGCAUUUUGGGUAAUAAGCUAAGCUACUGCAACCUUCUCUUUCCAGAUCGCUUUGCUUGCAUUUCAAUCGGAUAUGGCAUGGAGGCCAUCUACUUUGAUGAAGGUGUAAGGAACUCAAGACGACACCAACUGGAAACAAGAGCAUUGGAUUCAUUAAACAAAGGAGAAGGAUUGCCUCAUCUGUUCAAACCUGUAAGGAAGGAUGCAUGCUUCAGUUUGACCAUGGAUAUGCAAGUAGUGUUUGUAUAAUUGAAAUUAUGAGAUUUUGUUGCUUAUAAUUGAUAGAAUAAAUGCCUGAGAUUUUGUUUUUUUGCUGGUGAUCAUCACAUAUUUGCAAAACACAUUGUUUUUGUUAUUUCUUAACAUGCAUUUGAAUCACCUUGAUGAUUCUCCCCUUUUCCUUCCUUACAUUAUACACUUGCACUGUUGAUUCCUUAUAUUCUUUGGAAGAGUCCGUUUUACCUGUGUGACUACUGUGGUUUGAUACUUUCUGGACGCACUAGAAACUUUUAGUUCCAUUGCAGCUCUGGGCAUUGAAUUUUCUUCUAAUGAUUAGCCUUUGGUGCAGGUUUUGAUAGAGCUCUUUAUAACCUGAACUUUCUUGAAGUUACUAAUAUGGCUCUCUUAAGAACUAUUUGUUUUCUCUGUUUAUCUGCAAACUUGCUGCUACUUGCUACAUAUUCAACUGGUAUCCAUUCUUAUUCCCUUCUGCUGCAUUCUUACUUUGUCUUGGCUAAUUAGGUGACCUUUCGUGAGGAGUUGUAAAUUAAAGGAUCUGCAGAUUCAAAACCAACAAAUGCUGUGAACAAUGAACCAGCUGAAGAUGCGGAGUCUGAACUGCAAUCAUAGACAAGUUUUUUGCUAAGUUUAACCAUUUUUUGUAAUAUGCACAUAUACACCUACUUGGUUAGCAUAUUUUGAAAUCUGGCUAAAGUACCAUAUUUUGGAUCAUGUAAAACAAUGUCUAAUGUAAUAUAUAACGCACUUAUAUAGUGUACCUAA